GUCGCGCUUUCUCACGAGUCACGACGCAUCUCACUCUCACUCGCUCGCUCGUCAGACGACGACGACCCAAGCCAAGAACAAGAAGAGUCUUUCCUCCCUCACUCACUCCUCGCCAUCUCCAUCUCGCUCACGGCCGGCUUUGCUUGCCUGCUUUGCCUCGCACCUUGUUCUCCUCGUACGCCGCACGCACGCACAGCUCACUGCUCCGAGGAGGAGGCGCAUCCGCCCUUGCAUGACCGCAUGAGGCCGGCUGUCGGCCCCCGCCAAGAAUGAGAGGCUGGGCUGCCUCUCCCACCAGCGCACCGACCCACACCGCAAGUAAGACGAGGAGGCGAUGGGCAACUGCGGCACGCGGGAAGAGAAUGCCGUCGUCGCUGCGCACGCGCAAGUUCAGCAGCUGCACUUGCUGCAACAUUCUGCCAAGAAUGCUCUUGCAGAUAGGAAGCACAACCGGACCUUUUCAGAUAUAAGUGAUCCUUCAACGCCUGGCAAAAUUGAAGAUACCAAGGACAUUUCCAUAUACAACAAUGUGAUUGCCUUCACAUUGUUUGAGCUUGAAACGAUCACAAAGAGCUUUCGUGCCGAUUAUGUUCUUGGUGAAGGAGGCUUCGGGACUGUUUACAAGGGUUAUAUAGACGAGAAUGUCCGGGUUGGCCUCAAAUCGCUGCCUGUUGCUGUCAAGGUGCUCAACAAAGAUGGACAUCAAGGACACAGAGAAUGGCUUACUGAGGUUAAUUUCCUGGGGCAGCUAAGGCAUCCAAAUCUAGUAAAGUUGAUUGGAUAUUGCUGUGAAGACGAUCACAGGCUGCUUGUCUACGAGUUCAUGUUUCGAGGAAGUCUAGAAAAUCAUUUAUUUCGAAAGACAGCGUCCCCUUUACCGUGGGCUACUAGGAUGUCUAUAGCUUUGGGAGCUGCCAAAGGGCUGGCUUGCCUCCACAAUGCUGAAAGGCCUGUUAUCUACAGAGAUUUCAAGACCUCAAAUAUUCUGCUAGACUCUGAUUAUACUGCCAAGCUGUCUGACUUCGGGCUGGCGAAAGCUGGACCAGAAGGUGAUGAGACCCAUGUAUCGACGAGAGUGAUGGGAACAUAUGGUUAUGCUGCCCCUGAAUAUGUGAUGACCGGCCACUUGACUGCUAGAAGUGAUGUCUACAGCUUUGGCGUCGUCCUUCUGGAGCUGCUGACGGGGCGCAAGUCCAUUGACAAGUCACGGUCCAGCAGGGAGCACAGCCUGGUGGACUGGGCCUGCCCCAAGCUGAAUGACAAGAGGAGGCUUCUCCAGAUCAUCGACCCGAGGCUGGAAGGGCAGUACUCGGUCCGGGCGGCUCACAAGGCUUGCAGCCUGGCGUACUACUGCCUGAGCCAGAACCCCAAGGCGAGGCCGCUGAUGAGCGACGUGGUGGAGACCCUUGAGCCACUGCAGUUGCCGGGCAGCGAUGGAGGCUUUCAGUCCAUCCAUGUCCCUGACUACAGGAUUCACCGUAGGCUAACGGGGAACAAUGUCCACUACAGGGCCAUCCCGAACCCGAAAUGCACCCCGGCUGCCGUCCCGGCGUGCAGGGUGCGGUGAGGUGAGAGCCUCGCCUCGUUUGUUCAUGUUGCCUGGAACUGAAGGAAAGGGGAUGGGAGGUUCAGUUGUAAAUUUGCAAGCCGUGGAUUGUGCGCUCGUCGUGGGUGUGUGUCGUGCGUGUGUUCUUCUUCUUUUGCAUGGUUUUCCGGUUUGUAAAUCUGAUCCGCAUGCUGCUGCUGCUGCUGUUGCUUGUAAGGCCCUCUAGUUUUCUCACUGUGGUCUUAUGUGGUGGCGCUAAGACAGAGUGAGACCUUGCCGAAAACCAGCAGGGGUUAACCCUAGAGAUGAACUGCUGAGCUCUUAUGUUGAUAUGGAGAGGUGUUGUUUACUUGCUCAA